AUGGCCGUCGCGACCGGCCAGCAGACCGUCUCUGUAAUCACAAUCCCCGAGCAUCGGUACGAUCACAGCCGCGACACCCGUUUCGAAAUGAGACUCCGCCGUGAAAGAGGAGUAGACAGCUGGAAGCCGGAGGUCAACGGCUGCCGGGAGGAGGCCAUGGUAGAUCGAGAGUUAUGA